AUGGGAGCUCAAGAUAGAGAGUCCUACAACAGCGACGUCGACAUGGCUGACCCCGAGGACUCCCGCGGCUUGACUCCUUCAGAUCCUCAGGCCAGCCCAGACACAAAAGCCAAACAACAAGACACUGGCCAAAGACACCGCCAAAAGCAAGACCCCGAUGACUCUCUCACCCUCACCCACCAGAGCCAUCCACGCGCCCACCAUCAAAAUGUCCCUUCCGACAACAGUGCCAGUUCCGCCUCCGAUUCUCUCAUUCCCAGCCCUUCCAACCAGUCCACGGCUGCAACCUCUCUCAACACCGAUGCAUAUGCCGUUCCUCCCUCCGCCACCUCGGUUCCCUCGCUCGACCAACAAGUGGGUAGAGUCACCGAACUCACCCUGAAAGACCCGCAAGAAGGUGACAAGGGCUAUCUGGUCUCCUACAAAUGGCUGGUCCGUGUCCAGGCCCGGAGUCUCUUCGCUUCCGAACUGCCCAGCAUCCCCAAAUCUGCCACCGAGGGAGACAUUGGCCCCGUGGACAAUUCGGAUUUGGCCAUGGUGAUUGAAGAUUCUGGCAAACUCUUGGACGAAGCCGGAGAACCCUACGUACCCCUCCGCCCUGGUUUGUCCCAUGGCGAUGACUAUCAAAUUGUCCCCCAAGAGGCUUGGGAUCUGAUCGUCUCAUGGUACGGCCUAGCCAAAGAUUCCCCGGUCUUGACCAGAUAUGCCCAUGAUUCCCAAGCCGAUGGUGCUGAGGUGGCCAAUGUCAUCUACGAGUUGAAUCCACCCAUCUUCUCCUUCCUCAAAGUUCCCAGUGAGCACACCAGCCAGACUCAAAGGGAGAAAGACCUGACUCCUCAACGACUACUCGCCAGUAAGAAGAAACCUUUCAUGCAGUGGCUGAAAGAGGGUAAGCAGUUGGUACAUAUUGAUCUCAACACCAAAGUUCGAGUCUGGAGGAUACUCGGUGGCCUCAAAAACUCAAACGGCUCCGGUGUACUGACACCUGCCGCCUCGAGAAGUGCUUCUCCCGCCCCCGGAGCCGAAAUCGUGGCAAGUGCAGGAGACAGGAUGUUGCUUGAUGUCAACACUUUUGCGUCUUUGGCUAUUGGUGAACACCGAGAACUUCUAGAGAUUCAAGAUCAGACUGGCAACCCCAAAUACAACGGCAGCCUGUCCUUGGGUACGGCUGGCCUUGGAAGAGAUGAAGUCAUUUGUCUAGAGGAACAGAAACCAGGCAAAGAGGAGUGGCCGAGCGAAAACUCGAAAUUGUCGAUCAAAGGACUGAAAACCACCGCCAAAAAUCUUACUGCAAGUGGAAGGACCAGUCCUGCUCCUGGAAUGGUAACUCGUGGCCGACAAAAGCAGGCCGGACGACCCCGUGGCAUUACUGGGUUGAGCAAUCUGGGAAAUACAUGCUAUAUGAAUUCUGCCUUGCAGUGUAUCCGCAGUGUCAAGGAAUUGACCGACUACUUCUUGCUUGACGAGUGGAAGAGAGAUUUGAACGUCACCAAUGUCCUCGGGCACAGGGGAGAGGUAGCCAAGGCUUAUGCCAAUCUCCUGCACCAGAUCAAUGACGAGAACUCAUCCUCGACCAAUCCCGGUAAAUUCAAAGCUGUGAUAGGCAGGCAUGGGCCAAGCUUUUCUGGCUAUCAGCAGCAAGAUUCUCAAGAAUUUCUGCUUUUUUUGCUUGACGGUUUACAAGAAGAUCUCAAUCGAGUUCUCAAAAAGCCUUAUGUCGAAAAGCCGGACUCUACAGACGACAUGGUGCAUGACACUGCUGCACUCAAGGCGUUCGCCGAGAAGAACUGGGAAAUCUACAAAGCUAGAAACGACUCGGUCGUCACCGAUCUCUUUGCUGGAAUGUACAAGUCGACGCUAACUUGCCCUGUCUGUGAUAAAGUCAGCAUCAUUUUUGAUCCCUUCAACAACUUGACCUUGCAACUUCCCGUCGAGAACAAUUGGGCCAAAGAGGUCUUGUAUUUCCCUCUAAACAAACGUCCUUUCCGGAUAGACGUUGAUAUCGACAAGCACUCAAGCAUAUCAACCUUGAAAGAGUUUGUUGCCAAACGGACCGGGUCCGAAGUCCAAAAUCUGCUGGUUGCAGAGUCUUACAAGAAUAAGAUUUACAAAAUCUUUGAUAACAAUAUUGUCAUCUCGGAAUCAAAUAUUCAACCGGGCGACAUCAUCUGUGUGUAUGAGUUGAAUGCUGUCCCAACAAACUACAACCCCAACAAGGCUAAGAAAUUCUCCCUAUACACUGUGUCACGAGACACAGAUGAUGACCUGGUUGAGGAUGAUAGCCCUGAGGCUGAAUCAUUAUUGGUCCCCGUGUACAAUAGACUGGUUAAAAAUACUAGUCGAGCGGCCAGUAGACCCUUCUUUGCCCAACCAACUUAUCUCGUUCUCAACCGAGAGGAGCGUGCCUCCUUUGAUGGAGUGUUGAAAAGCGUUCUUGGCAAUGUGCUGGGUAUGACAACAACCAACCUGCUCGAUGCUGAAUUCGACUCAGACGACACUGCAACCACCCCCGAAGGAUCUGACACGGUUCUUAUGGCAGAUGACGUCUCCACUUCCGACUCCAACCCGACCACAGCCGCUUCGUUACAAGGCGAAGAUGGGAUUGUUGAUGUUUCAAUGCGUGAUGCAAGCCAAGCACCAGAAACAACUUCUCAGCCCCUAACCUCACCGAGUGAUUGGUUCCAUCGACCAGGCACACAGGUCCCCCAAUCGCUGAAAAGCCUCUUCACCAUCCAUGUGGCAUCUACUGGGGAAGGUAUCCCAACUGGAUGGAACCAGAUUUCCGAAAAUCAUGAAUACGACAACAUUGAAACUCGGAUCCCCAAACCGUCCCCUCAUCGACCAUCAAAAACACGUGGCUCACUCAUUGUUGCCAAUGGAGAUAGUGGGUCAGCAACGAGCGAAGAUGAGUUAGCAGGAGAUAUUGAACAUGAUGAAAGCCUCGCCUCCAGUGACGAGACGGGUUCCGAGUCAAAUGGUAGUCCAAUGCCGGUAGAUCAAGACUCGGACUCUGGACUUGCAGUGCAUCGUAUGAACAAAGCCAGGAAUCCAAAAUCAAAGCGAGGGAAACGGCAGCAGCGGAACAAGAGUAAUGUUAAUAAAAAGCGUACACAGCGGCGGACGCCGCCACCUGCACCUCAACCACAGCCCAAAGUUGCUGGUAAAGGAUUGAUUCGACCCGGUGAAGCCAUCGUGCUCGACUGGAAUGCAGAUGCGUUUGAGUCCCUCUUCAGCGGCUCGGAAGGAAAGACAGAUGAUGCCAAGGACUUUCAUGGUGCACCUACCUGGAAGGCUGUCGAACUUUACCACGAUGCCGAGCUAGUUGCGAAACGCACUCAGCGAAAUAGUCGCAAGAAGAAUGGUAUCUCCCUGGACGACUGUUUAGCAGAAUUUGGCAAAGCUGAAACCCUGUCGGAACAAAAUGCCUGGUUCUGUCCACGCUGCAAAGAACAUCGUCGUGCGGAUAAAACAUACGAAUUGUGGAAGGUCCCAGACAUCCUUGUCAUGCAUCUGAAGCGAUUCAGCUCGAAUCGGAAUUUCCGUGACAAACUGGAAGUCAAAGUAGAAUAUCCAACAGAGGGGCUUGACCUCACCGGAAUGGUCAGAGACCACGAAGAAGACAAGAGUCUCGUCUAUGAUCUGAUUGCUGUCGACAAUCACUAUGGAGGCCUCGGUGGUGGUCACUACACUGCGUACGCGAAGAACUCUGUCAACAACAACUGGUACGAGUACAAUGAUUCUCACGUUUCUCAACGUUCAGAUGAUCGAACUGUGGUAACGAGCGCAGCAUAUCUUCUUUUCUACCGCAGACGGGAGACUCCACCCGGUCACCCUUUAGGCGGGCCACAUAUCGAGGAAAUGAUGGCUCGCGACAACGUGGAAGCCGACUCUGAAAAUCCUUCAGCCUCUCGUGAACCUUCCCCGAUGACGGGGGAAGGUCGGCGUCUCGGCGACUUCUCCCACAAUGGGUUGUCGAGCGCUUUAGCAGCCGGUCAAGGUCACCGCGUGGGAGUGGUUGGCUCGGCCAUGGAAGAGGAAAAUCAGAGUCACGAUCAACAAGCAGAAACCGCAAGUCUACCGAGAUUGAUCGGACCAACCAUUAAUGACGAAUUGCCUUCAUACAGUGAGCAGGAGAUGCUGGAUGACGAAGGAGUUGACAUGGCGUAUGGCCCAAGUCCUGCUCACCAACUUCCCUGGACAGGUCCAAAUUGGUCGUUUGAUAACCUCAGCAACAAGGCGAGGAUCGCCGCACCUUCGGAAGAUGGCAUGUUUGGAGAUGGUCAUAGUUCGAACGACAGCACACGCGUGGAAGGUGGUGUUGGUAGUUCACAUCACAGUCUCACUGCCAUGGAUGAUCUCGAUGAAGUGGACAAUCCUAUCUUCAGCGAGCCUGUUAUGAACGAGGACUAUGGCAACCGAAACAUGAGGGAAAGUGCACCACCUCCGGAGAUCCCUGGAAUGAAUGACAUGACCAAUGAUGACGAGGAUGACCUACCUGUAAUGGAAUUGAAAGCCGAUCCGUUAGAACCAAGCGGUGAGCUCAAAUUUCGGCCGGAAACUCGUUGA